AUGACUUUUGUUGCUUUGGAGCUGACCUCCUUGUCUACCGUAGUUGACGAGCAAUUGGUUGAACGUGUCGACAUACUACAAUUGGUUGAACGUGUCGACACACUACAAUUGGUUGAACGUGUCGACAUACAGCAACUGGUUGAACGUGUCAACAUACUACAAUUGGUUGAACGUGUCGACACACUACAAUUGGUUGAACGUGUCGACACACUACAAUUGGUUGAACGUGUCGACAUACAGCAACUGGUUGAACAAGUCGACAUACUACAAUUGGUUGAACGUGUCAACAUACUACAAUUGGUUGAACGUGUCGACAUACUACAAUUGGUUGCAGCGCAUACCAUUGCUAAACUUAAAGCUGUACAUUCACCGGCUCACAAACGAUCAUAGCAUAUUCAUAGAUGAUGCUAAACUCAGCGAUAGGAGACACCAUUAAUAUCACACUGAAGGUUGUGGCAAUACACAGGUUGAGAUUACGGCUCGAUAUUCAUUUGCAAGGCUUUACGAAUUUCAAUACCCCCUCUGGUAGGUUAAGUUGUUUGCACCAAUAGUUCAGGGUAUGCAUAAAAGAGUCC